AUGCCACCCAAAAAUAAGGCACCAAACAAGGGAGUAUCGUCAGCUGCAAAGGAAAAGGAACAAUUUGGUGACGCAUCUCUUGAGCAAGAAGUCGACGAUGAUUGCGAGGAAUUCGAUCCUUAUGAAUUGUUGCCAGAACCUCAGCCUCAAGUCAAGCAAAAGCAGAAGAACGGGAAAGCAAAGAAAGGGAAUGCAAAGAAGAAGAGCACCGACGAUGAAGAUGAGGAUGGUUACAUGUCUGGAGACUCGCUUAACGAAAUGAACAAAUCAAAGAGACUGAAUACCAUUUCAAAGUACAAUUUUGACGUGAUUCUCAACGAUCCGGCUUUCGACACCCCUGAAGCACGCAAGCUUUAUAAGGAAAUGGAGUCAGAAGAAUUCACCAUGGAAUAUUAUGACUCAACGGGAAUCGAAUGUCCUUUACGUUUUAACUGUGAUCCCGUAAAGCUGGGAAUGAAAAUACCAUCAUCAACGCUGACAGUAGAUGAAGUCAUGGAGCUUGUUGAUCCAGACCUAAUUCUUCAGGUGGUCCAAGUGUCGGAUCAAAGUCCAAAAUUUAUGACAGCAAGAGAAUGGGUUGUGUACUACAACACACCGGCUGAGCAAAAGAAGGCCAUUUACAAUGUUUUGUCACUGGAAUUCGACCAAACACGCCUUCGCGACCUUGUAGAAAGUCCUGCUUUGGUACGAAUGAUCGACUGGCUUCAAAAAUGGCCGAAAAACCGACGAGAUAUCGCACAUAAGCCGCUUAACGACAAUACUUACAAAAUUGAUAGCACAUACCCGAAAAUCUCCUAUUACUGUCUCAUGUCGCCAAACAAAUCAUACACGGAUUUUCAUGUCGACUUUGGUGGGUCAUCGGUGUGGUACCACGUGCUUCGUGGUCAAAAGAUUUUCUGGAUUAUCGAGCCAACGGAAACAAACUUGUGCAUGUAUGAAGAACAUUUAAAGCACCAGGAUCAAACUGGAUUCUUUGGUAACGUGGUCGAUCGUUGUGCAUGCGUCGUGCUGAAGGAAGGGGAAACACUCGUUAUUCCAGCAGGAUGGAUUCACGCAGUGUACACGCCAGCCGAUUCGAUCGUUUUUGGAGGAAACUUUCUUCACGCGUUGGCUGCAUCAAUGCAAAUUAGGAUUAUUCAGAGUGAAAAUCGUGUCAAAAUUGCUCCACAGUAUCGCAUUCCGUUUUUUGAGGAAGUGCAUUUUUACGCCAUCGCAGACUUUGUUGAAAAGGCUACAGGACGCCGUUAUGCUCGGCCAUUGCUCACAUUUACUGAGGAUACUGUUUUAGCACAAAGGCAUGCUUAUUUCGAGGAACAAGUUGAUAAUGAAAGUGAAAAGUACACCUCGGAUCUCGCAAAGAAGAGAGAAACUGAUUUACGUUUUUUCAACGAGAUAUUCAACCAUGCAAGAGAGACGAUUUUUUAUGAUUCAGGGGCUGUUGAAAAGUUACCUGAAGAACCUCUGAUUGGGGCCACGUCUGUUCAUCGUUUUCCGAUUGAUGCUGCGACGGAUGGAGAAAUUGGAUACGAUGAAAAUUUCAUACAGAAAAUCACUCCUCGUGCCCUUGCUGAGUUACAAGUUCUUUACGAUUACAUGUACACUAAGCUGAAGGUUCAAGUACCUGAAGGAAUAACACGACCAGCAAGCCUUCUCAACUGCUUUGAACAAAUCCUGCUUUAUCGGGAGACGGAUCUUAAUCGACUUGGUACGCCAAUUCCACAACCAAUUGCAGUUUACAAGCGUCGGAAGAAACAACAGAAUAAGAAGAUGCCUCCAAAGAAAGCAAAAAAUGCGCGAAAUGUGGUUAAAUCGGAGUCACCGAUGGUUGAGGAGAAGCCGAAGGGAGGAAAGGCAGCAAAAAAUACACCAUCAGCCGCAGCAGCAUCAUCUCAUUCAAUUCAAGACGACGAGAAUGAUUUCGUUUUGCCUCAAAAAUUGGAGAUGAAGAUCGUAAUCCCAUGUGAAGACAGCGAGUACAACGAGCUUUCAAAGGCGCUGAAAGAACAAGAGAAACUCUCGGAGGCUCUUCACAUUGAGCUAACUGCACUCGAACCAAGUGAAGAAUCAAAAGAUGAACAACCGAGUCCAGAGCUGAAUGGCGUAUCGAUGGUUAGCGAACUAGCACCAGAACUGGAAUCAAUUGAUCAGAAACUUGACGUCGAACAAGUUGAUGAAAAGACGCCAACGCUCACUGAACCUGAGAUGCUUCGAAUCCCAGUCGGUCGCAUUCCACUGAAGAGCAAGAAACCACCAACCUUGGGAGGCACUGAGGCAAAGAAAGAGCCGAAGAAAGAAGACGAUGAUGAUGAUCAACGGGAAAAGGAAAUGAAACGAAUGCUUCGGAAACGGCCACAGCAUUCAAUGAACGAAUUGAGCGAUGAAGAGGAUGAGAAACUACCUUCUGAUCAUAUGGCAAAGAAACGCUUCCAAGAUGACAAUCGCAAGAUUGUUCGGGCGCCACCUCCAAGAAAACAAAAAAUGACAAAGGAAGAGGAGCCACAAAGGGAAGUGAAACAAGAAACAAAAGAUGGCGAUGCUCCUGUUGAGACGGAAACGGAACGAUCGAAACGAUUUGAACGGGAAAAGGAGCUGAAGAAAUUGAAGAAACACCGCCCAUCGGCAUCGUUUGAGGACGCUUUGAAAGAUCCAAAGGGCAAAUCUAAGUCAAAAUACAAGAAAGAAGAGAAGUCGCUUUUUCAAAAUGGAAUGCCCGUAAUGGCUGGAAAGGAAUUGCAAGAAGCUCGAAAUAACAUUUACGACUUCCGUCCUCUUGACACGAUCACCGCACUUGGAAAAGCUCCUCUGGAAAGUGCUUAUCGCAAAAGCAACAACAAUCGGCUCAAUCUCAUCAAGCCACAGACGAACACCCACAAGUACAAAAAUAUGACCGCCAAGGAUUGUUUGCUGGAUAACGUUGGUGAAGAGAGCAACACAGUGGAAGAAGAAAAGGAAGCAUUCAAAUCCAAGGAUGAAGCUUUUGAUUCUUUUGCAGAACCGUUGAAUGUUUCGGUUUCUGGAACUCCAGCUUUCUCGGUUAAUUCUCCUGGAACACCAAAACCUUCUGGAUCGAGGGCUAUGUCUUCUAUUUCAUCUCCACAUGAGAGCUCAAAACGUCGUCUUUCGGUCAGCAGCACUUCGUCGUAUGGAACUGAGAGCGGAUUCGAGAACGCCAAAACGCCUGAAGAUCCGCCCGGAAAACUUGCCGAGAAGCGCCGUCCCAGCUAUUUGCCUGUGCUGAAACCAACCAUUUCUCCAAUUGCGACUCCCGCUUCACAGCGUUUCCCACCGGUCGAGAAGAAAGAGCAACGGGAUAAGGAGAAGGGAAAGAUCGCAACGCAAAAGAAAUCGGACACAACAACACUCACUUUCACGCUCAGCGAGAAUCCUCACGCCUACGCUGCGGAACGUCUCGCUCAGAUGGGAAGUUGUUUGAUGCAAUUGAGUGCGAACACGAAGGAAAUGGCUCAAAUCGAUUCUUCAUCUGCA